AUGUACCCGAUGUCGGCUAUGUUUUUUAUCAUGACAAAGCCUCCUAACCUACCCCAACUUCGCCUACACCCCUUUGUGUUGCAGCUCUUCACGCACUUUUUUGAGCAGCUGGACACCGCCAUGUACGCAGAGGGCCGCCAAGUCGUCGUGCUGCUCGACAACGCGAGCAGUCACACCCUGACAACCGAGGGCGCAGAAACCGAGGACCUCUUCGGGUUCCGCACGCGAAAGCUCAGUAACGUGCGCCUCGUCUACCUGCCGCCGAACACCACCUGCUUCACGCAGCCACUCGACCAGGGGAUGAUCGCCAUGACGAAGGCGCGCGGCGACCCACAAGUCCAGGCUGGGGGUGACAUUGGCCUGGACGAGGAGUUGAACGACGUAGGCGUCUUAAUCGAUCGUCUCGGCCUCGGGCCGUCCGCGCUGCCUGCGGCAGAGUUCGUCGGAAUUGAUGACAACCAGCCGACGUGCGCCGAGCCGGGCGAGGACCCCCUAGCGCGGGAGCCGGCGUCGGCGCAGACGGCGCAUAUGUGGGAGGCGCCGGCGGCGAUGCAAGCGGUGUACGACGAUAACAACCCUACGACGCGCGAAGCUCGUCGCACUGCACGCGCCGCCUGCGAGAUGCUCAUUGGGUACGCGCGUGCGACGUGCAUCACGCCGAGGGAUUUGUGCGCGCUGUUUGACAUCCGCAACCCCAUGAUCAUCGCGCGGAUGGAGCGCGCAAGCCAGGCACUUAACCUUAACGCUACUCCGCCGCCAGCGCCGACACACGAGGACACCCCGCCGGCAGAGACUCCACGUCGCCGCGGUCGCCUUCUGCCGGCAUGGAUGACGGUGCCGACCCCUGACUGGGUUGCCCAAUCUGCUCGCCGGCAGGAGCUUAUCGACGCUGGCGCUCCCGCCGUGAUGAGCGGAUAUCUCGCUGCGGCAGAGUGGAUGAGGCUGUGA